AUAACACAUGCCGACAGAAAGCAGACAGUCGUCAAAUUUCAAAGAAAAAAAUACAUUUUCAGGCAUACAUGUACAGUUUAAUAGCUGCAUCCAACAGUCAACAUAUCUGGCAGCAGAUGUUGGAGAUGGUGUGAACUGAGUGAACCUGUUAGAUGCUGUCACAGGCAGAUUGUCAACCAUCAUAAAUCAUCAGUCGGAGCAGGCUGUGGCCAACAUGGACAUCAUACUGAGUGGGAUCCUGGCCUCAGACCAUGAGGAUUCCCUCAAGGAGAAGCUUAUUAAGAACAUAGCUGAGGCGUCCUGCAAGCCCCACACUCCAAGUGUUGUCAAAUCCGUGCUCAAACUUACUGCAGACUGGGUGGCCAAUGGGGAAACACCUCUCAUCGUGAGAUCAGGCUUUACCGUCUAUAUUUCCUGGGCCAAAAACAAUAUUGAUGUUCUGGAACAAGUCUGCAACACUGAGUUUGUUUUGUACUUGCUGGGCGCCGAAUGUGUCAACUCUGCCAAGGCCGUCACGCUGAUGCAUCAGAGUUUGCAACUUCUAGAAUUGACAAACUCUUCUCCAAAGCUCCUCAAAAUCAUUGAAGCAAAGUCAAUAAGCUAUGUCAGAGAACAUGUCGACCUGGAGUCAUUGAAGGCUUUUGUUGAAUUCCUUAAAGACUACAGGGAAUGUAUUCCCAAGGGAGACUUUGCUGGGACAUUUUGUCAGUCCAUAGUGAACGCCAUGAGUAUGUUUAGUACUCCUGAAGACCGUAAUCUACUCCAGGUUUAUAUAUAUGAUGUGAACACCAUUGCAAACUUUCUGAAUCUUUUAUGGGUCACCACGGACUCCAGUGCAGCUUUCAUGUCGCUGAAGGCCAUAUUUAACAUCAUCUCUUCAACGGAGAAGGGCAAUCACCCAUCUGUCUGCCUUGGAGCUGUUGUCCACCAUAUACCUCGAGAUUUGGUGGAAAUUGCCAUGAAGACCCUUGUAGGAGACCCCCAUAUCCAGGAUGGUCAGAUGACAGCAGCAUUAAACCACACCAUCGAUUGGCUAAGCUGGCCAACAGCUAGGAACAUUGACCUAUGGGUGAUUGCUUUACUCAAGUGUUUGGCUGCGGCAAAACGUUACUCUAUCCUGAUUGGCGUGACCGAGUCCAAGCUGGAGCAGGUGUUUGAGAAACUGAGGUACCCAGUUGUGCGUGAAAGCUCUUUGAAUGUCCUUUCUCAUAUGCUGCUCAGCUUCCAACACUCCCCGGAUCCCUUCCACAAGAUUUUGGCUUCAGUACCGGAAGUUGUGUGCUUGUUACGUGCCGAGAAGUCAAAGAGUAGUCUACAGUGUCUGUCCAAACUGUCUGAGCUUCUUCACUGUCUGAUGAAUCUACAUGCUGGAUUUCCAGAGCUCUAUGACCCGGUUCUUGAUCUCAUGAAGGACAUUCCUCCACCCAGUAAUGAGAGGAUCAGAAUGCGUCUAGCUCAGAGUAAGUGGUCGGGUCAACAGAAAGAGGGUACGGUCAUCAUUCCACACAUCCAGCAGAAGUCAGAGACGGGGAGGGUGGGGCUUGUUAACCAGGGGAACACCUGCUACAUGAACAGUGUCAUCCAGGCCCUCUAUAUGUGUGACAGCUUCCGUCGCAUAGUCAUGCUACAUCCUCCGGUCAACAAGGACUGGGUAAUUCUCAAGCUCCAGCAGGUCUUCGCCUUCUUAUCCCUGUCACAGAGGGCUGCAUAUAUUCCCAAAGAGUUCUUGAAUGCCUCUCGCCCUCCUUGGUUUGUCCUGGGCUAUCAACAGGACUGCUCAGAGUUUCUCAAAUAUUUGCUGGAUCAACUUCAUGAACAAGAGAAGGCAAAAUUCCGCAAGUCACUAUCCAGCAAUGACAGUGCUGAUGACAAGGAUUCUGGGAUAGGCCUUCUGGAUUCAACCUCCUCUGUAGGAUCAAUGACCAGCGACAAGACGCGUUCAACCAGCAAUUCAAGCGGAUCCGAGUCACCAAAGAUAGAGGAGGUAGCUUCAAAAUUAACAGAAGAAAGGGCAUCAACAUCUACUGUCGUGGAGAAAAUAUUUGGAGGGAAACUUAUAACAACUUACAAAUGUUUGAACUGUAAGCAGACCUCAUCGCAGACAGAAACCUUUACAGACAUACCCUUGGCAUUCCCGGACAAGUCUUCAAGAAGGUCACCCAAUGGAGGUGGUAAGAACCUGGCAGGUGGAGGAACCAAAACCAAGUCAACUUCUCCCAGAUCAUCAAAUAGAUUUGAUUCGUGGAGUUCCCAAAUGAGUGAAGCUAGUAGUGCUGACAGUUCACGUGGAGGUGGCACCAUACAUCUGAAUGCACUCAUCAAACACUUCUUGCAGAAGGAGCGUCUUAGUGAAGAGAACCAGUACCACUGUGAGAACUGUGGGGGGCUACAGGAUGGAGAGAGGGUCCUAAGGAUAGCUGAAACACCAGAAUAUCUUUUCUUAGUCUUACUUAGGUUUUCUUUUGACGCCAAACAGCAAGCUCGCUCCAAGAUAUUCCGUGAUGUUAAAUACCCGAGGACUUUAUUCUUGCCCGUUGACCGGUCAAAAGUGUCCUCAGGUAAUGGGUCAGCUGAGAAGAAAAGCAAGAGUGACAGAGACCCUGAUCCACAGCUGUACGGUUUGACAGGAGUCAUCGUCCACUCUGGCACUUCUUCGGACUGUGGUCACUACUACUGCUAUGCCCGCCAUGCUCAGCCGGUCAGCCCGGAACAGGCUGACUCUGUGAUUCGCUCCGAAGAGGAAGAGGAUGACCUUGACUUCCUUCAGGACAAAUGGUUUCUUUUCAACGACAGCCGAGUCUCUACAGCAGACUACAAUAACUUUUCCAGUGUCACUCAGCGCUUCAAUAAAGAUACUGCCUAUGUGCUGGUCUAUAAGAAACUGAACAUGGGCAGCAUCUUGUCCAAAAGACGGUCCCGAGAAGUUCCAUCACCUUUUGCUCAUGACCCAGCUGUCAGGAAGGACCUGCGGGAAAUGAUCAACAAAGACAACAGCAGCUUCCUGCAGGAACAAGAAAGGGAGGCUCAGUCUCAAGCAUCCUUGGAGAAGAAUACCAAGGAGAACAACAGCAUGUCGUGGUUAGGCUGGCCUAAAGAUGAUGAUGAUGAUCCCACACCCCCAGGCAGUUGUGGGGGAGGGAUGGGAUUUGGAAUGUCCGGCCCGCCAGCAGUCUUUUAAACUCAGUCCUGGAGAGCUUCAUAUUUCAGCAGGACGAGAGUGAUAUGUACACUGAACUUCAACUUUUAACUUUUCUCACAUUCUUCAGUUAAAGAGGUGCUGCAUGCAUACAUGUACUUUUAAUAGUUCAGAAAGGGUUUCACAGACACAUUGCUGUCACCUUUUGUUGUCUAAAACCAUGAUAACAUGGUAUCACGUGGCUGAAAAAGUGCUGAUGAAUGAUGAUCUGUGUGGAUGUUGUUCAGAACUUUCACUGGCUAAACUAUAGCCUUUGUGUCAGGGUUUCUCAGGUUCUAAGUAGGGUGAGGUGUUUUCCUCAAGACUGCGCCUUAUUCGCUGCAUGUAUAAACCUAUCGUAGGUUGUCAUUUGAGCAAAAUAUUCCUUGAAGAAAAUCCAUGUGUGAAAAAACCUUCUCGGUCAGACAAGUUCAAAAAAAGUUGAAAGACAACAACAUGACAAAAAAACAUUUGCCUUAUACAAGCUUCUUUUUAAUCAACACUUGUACAGUCCAUAAAGUUGUACCUCCUUUUGUGAACUGUACAGUCUCUAAAAGGUUGUAACUUGAAAACUUGGUCAAUUCCAGCAAGUAAAUUGUCAUUUAGCUGUGGGUGUUUUUUUUCUGGUCAAAUAGUGUUUUAUUUGUGUGUUGGCUAAAUAAGAAAGAAAAGCUUAUAUAAAAGCUAAAUAUUCCAAGUACAGCAGAUUCAGUUAUAUUUUAUAACUUACUUGUUUUCAUUUUUUAUUGUUAUUUUUUGAUAGUUGUGAUGUAGUUAUGUAUACAGUCUGACAGUAUGGGGAAUAUCAGAAAGUGAAUGUGGUAAGAAGAAGGCUGUUACAUUUUGUGUGAAACGUUUUGCUUUUUCUUUGAAUUUAGGAAAGCAUUAGGAACAGUCCAAUGAGUAUUUAAAGAAAGAAAGAAGAAAGUCAGAAAAUAUGGUUUUAUAUGGAUUUCACACUUGCAUUACUGAUACUGUGUAACAGUAUAUAUUAGCAAAUAAAAUCCAUUGUGCCGAAAACAGUCGUCAGUUGGACAAUUUACUGGUAUUAAUCCAUUGCUUUUCAGGUUAAAAUGUUGUGUGUGUGUGUGCUUGUCCCUUGAUGCCAACUGUCAAAUUAUAAUUCUUAAAUGUAUGAUGUUUUCUGUUUGCCUGUUAAGAUAAAUAGAAGGACAAGGUGUUCAUUUUGUUAUAGACGAAUUCCAAUGUCAGAUUCUUGCCUGACAAAUUGAGGGUGCAGUAAAUGUAUCUGGAGUGAGAACAGUAUUCUUGCAUUUGUCAAAUCCAGGACAGUUCAUCAGUGCAUUUUAGACCACAGUGGUAACACAUACAGGUUGAUGUCUUCUGAACGUAUAUAUAUUUUAAAAAUUAACAUUCUUACCUAGCUUAUCAGUCUCACAACCAGGAUGUACCUGUGAUGGGUGUAACUGUUGUGUUGUGCAGAUGAUUGAUUGCUUGUCGCCUGUCUGUACAUUGACAUGUAGAGGUAGUGGUGGGUUGAGGUACAUGAGGUACAUGUGUAUGAACUGGCUGUUGACAGCCAGUACUUGAGCCUCAGAGCUGAAUGUCAAAUGAUAAUGAUAAAUAGAUUAUGGUUACAUUUCAGUCUGUGAUAACUCAAAUGCUCAAAGCAGAUAGACACUACAUUUUAUCCUGUCACCUUAGGAAGGUAUAUAUACAUAUUUUACAUCUGACAGGCAGUAGUCGUAUAGUAUAGUAGUAAUAUACAUACACUUGUACUCAUAUUUUGUAUCUGUACAGAAUGAUAUGGGCUGGUUCCUGGUUGAUAAUGAAUUUAUGGGUAUCUUAGUGUUUAUGUCUUUCAGAUCUGAUGACAGAUAAGUCACGAUUUUUUUUUAAGUCAAAAUGUUGAUAAGGGACUUAAGGACUGAUUUAAAUGUAAAAUUUCUCAGUUCAUGUAGUAAAUACUGUAUUUGACCUGUAACUUUGCCCGUGACUAUGUUGCUCAUUUUGCGGGAUUCUCAGAGAUAUAUUGGUAGUACAAGGGUGUGUCAGGUUUGUUUGGAAGGUAGGCCGGUAUCCUAUAGAAAAGUGUGACUUUUACCACCAUUUAAUUGCUUCUGAUUGCUUCGAAAAACGCCAUUGUUCGUGCGAAUUUUUAGGUAAAAUACAGUAAGUACACAGCUUAGAAUAAGGAGACUGUAGGGUAGACCGUGUAUCUACGAUGAGAAAGAGAUAGGAAUCAGAGUACAGUGGGGUAUUAGUGCAGUGUACCAGGGCAUACUCUAGAGGACAGGCUCAGGUGAUCUGCCUGAGGGGGGGUGAACUUCAUGCCGUGUCUCUAAGGCCUCUCAUCAAUUAACGGUGAUAAGAUUUCAUUAAGGGACAUUUAGAUUGAAAAAGCCGUGUAUAUUUACCAAACUGACUCACCAGAUUAGAGAUAGGCCUGCUGUAACAUCUAAUUGCAUUUCUGUGUGAUUGGGUCAGGCCAGCCCCACAGUUCACUUGCGCUUGGCUAUAACCUUGGGUAUAAACCCCACGAUCACGCGGUCAUCGGGGUAGGGAAGAGGUCAAAAUGUCCCCAAGCCAAAACGCAUGAUUCUGAAUCGAGAAAGUUUUUAAUAUUCUUGAGAAAACACAGUGCUGGUAUGAGCGCGGUAUUUACCAGUAAAAACGCCGCGUUCGUUCUUUAUGUAAAAGAUCCCAUCUUCCAGCUCAUGAUGUUUUGAUACAUACAGGUGGUUACGUCCUUUUAAUUUAUGCAUGUAUAAUACAACUUGUAUGAAGUGCUGUUAUAGAUGAGUUAAACCAAGCCAUUUAAGAUUUAAUGCUAGUGCUAAAUCGUUGCGGAAUCCCAAUGCUUUUGUAUCCUUUUCCAAUAAAACGAUUGAAUUCG